AUGAAUAGUAAUUUAAAGGAAUGCGGUGGUCGCAUGAGCAAUAUUAACCACUAUAUUGACUGGUUUAAUCGGCUAACUUACCUCACAGCAUCCGAAGUAUUACGCUGCAGCAAGCGACAAAGCCGCGUGCGCACUAUUGAAUAUUUUAUCGAAGUAGCCAGAGAAUGCAUCAAUUAUGCCAAUUUCAAUUCAUUUAUGGCCAUUGUUGCUGCGUUAUCACUUCCUCUGAUUGGCAGACUCAAAAAAACAUGGAGUCGGGUAGACAAAAGCAAGCUGGAAAUUCUUCUACAUCAGUAUGAUCCAACAGCGAACUUUGCAAGCUAUCGAUCAACGCUUAAAGCAGCUAUAUGGCGAUUCAAUGGCACUACAAAUGAAACACAUUCCCACAUAUUCCACUACGAGGAUUUCACUGUUAUAUUUAUUUUUUGCUUUCCAGAUAUUAAUACCAUUUUUCGGGCUGCUAAUCAAAGACUUAUCAUUGUUGCAUCGUCAGUGCGCACAACUGUUGCGAAAUGGGCAUUUAAACUUUAAGG